AUGUAUGUAAGCUAUAAAAAGAAUGAUGGUACACAAGUUAAAGUUCCAUUAGACAACAACUGCUACUUAAACUUAUAUGGAGACGAACAAAAGAAAUAUUUAAGAGUUUAUGAAAUGGCAGAUAUGACAUUGCCUGACCCAGUUCCAGCACCACAUUAUUAUGACUAUGGAGAUGACGACAGAACACCACAUGUAGAUGAACAAAAGCUAACAUUAUAUUUAGAUUAUUAUAGAUAUAAAAGAUAUAAUGCAAUAGAAAAAACGAGAAUAGUAUAUAAUUAUACAGAUGACAGAAAUAAAUAUUAUAGUCAAGAUUUUACCUACCCUGAAAACAUAAGAUUAUAUUAUAAAAAAUAUUCUGACACAAACCAGAAGAAACCUGAAAUAGUUGCACUAUAUUUUAAGUUCAAAAGAGACAAUCCUAUAAUAUCUCAUAUGUUUGAUUUAAUGAACCCAGUAGGUUCUAUUUAUACAUCUAUGGAUGCAAGAGGUCCUCAAGUAAUGUUUGGUGUUGGUGUAUGGGAACAAAUAGUCGACAGGUUUUUGUAUUGUGCAAACUCUUCAAAGGAAACAGGUGGAAGUAAAACGAUUUCAGGUGAAAAUUUACCUGCACACAGUCAUUACAUAAAUUUAAGUACAUCUCAAGAAGGUUGGCAUAGGCAUAGAUAUUGGGGUUGGACAGGAAUGACAAAAGGUAAAGGAUAUGAUGUUAAAGACGACGUUAAGUUUGCUAUAAAUUGUUACUGGGAUGACAAUUGGGGAGAAGGAGACCAUACACAUCACGUUUCAGGAUAUAUGCAAACAACGGGACAAAGUAAAGACUACAUGCCACCUUACAUGACAGUUUACGCAUGGUAUAGAAAUGCUUAG